CCUUACGCCAAAUGGCGGCGCCGGCUUCACCGGCGGGCGGUUCCGGCGCCUGCGCGCUGAGGCGGGGCGGCCCCAUUGUGCGGCGCUGAGGCAGCGCCGCGGCCUGUUCUGCUGGGGAUGGAGGACGGCGGCGGGGCGGCAGCGGCGCUCGGGACCCCAGCGGCCCCCACCGGCCUCUCGGCCUCCCAGCGCCGGGCCGAACUGCGGCGGAGGAAGCUGCUGAUGAACUCGGAGGAGCGGAUAAACCGCAUCAUGGGCUUUCACCGGCCCGCGGCGGGCAAGGAUGAUGAAAGCCACACAGAAUCAAAGCUUCAGCACGAACAAGAUAAAUCAAACUCCCUUCCCAUUCCUUCAGUUUCCAAGCGAAUUGUGCUUGGUGAUUCUGUCUGUAAUGUGGCAGGCACAGCUGACCACGCAAGCAGCAUGGUAGACCUCAAAGGGGAUAAGGACUUGUUCAGUAAAACUCCGGAGCUUGUCAGUGAGGGUCCAAGUGAACUCCGUCACCGUAACAGAGGGGAACUGCCAUCUGAAGCUGCACCACGGCCAUCUAGACACGGAUUAGAGCAGUAUUUAUCCAGAUUUGAUGAAGCUCUGAAGCUGAGGAACCAGCUGAUGAAUGAGAAGCCAAGCCAAGAGAACGGGAAUGCAGUGGAGGAGUUUGACUCUUUCCGCAUUUUUAGAUUGGUGGGAUGUGCUGUACUUGCCAUCGCAGUCAGGGCUUUUGUGUGCAAGUACUUGUCAAUAUUUGCACCAUUUCUUACUCUGCAACUUGCUUACAUGGGACUGUCCAAGUACUUUCCAAAGUGUGAAAAGAAGGUGAAAACGACGGUAUUAACUGCUGCUCUUUUACUGUCUGGAAUCCCUGCAGAAGUGAUUAGUCGCUCCAUGGACACCUACAGCAAAAUGGGAGAUGUUUUCACAGACCUUUGUGUCUAUUUCUUUACUUUUAUCUUUUGCCAUGAACUUAUUCUGUUUUUUGGUUCUGAAGUACCGUGAUGGCUCUAGAAUUCAACGCAGCAGUUACACUAAAGCUUUCUGGACUGUUUUCCUUUAACAUCUGACUGUGCAGACAGGUUUAAACCUUCAUUAAAAUUCUUACCUGUUCAGAUGCUUGAAAGGAGCCUUAAAUUCCAGUCAUUUUGGGAAAGGAAGAGCAGGGUCCCAGACUGCCAGUUGUAUUGGUUACGUUUAUUUAAAUACUGUGUCUGCCUGUUACAAAUGUGAAGAAUAGGAUGCAGGUGUCAGUGCAUUAUUUGUUUGGUUUAGUUACAUGAUGCCCUCAGCCUCCUUCAUAAACAUUCACAAAGCUGCCUUUGUUCUUUUCAAUGAGAACAAAGAGAAUUCCUUUCAGCAGAACCAUAUCUAUAUCUCUAUAUCUGGUAUGACUAUAGCUAAGAAGAACUGCUCAUUUUGUGGUGUUCCCAUUUUUUAAAAAAAGCUCUAAAUAAAAGAAAUCCCUGUUAUUCUGUUGUUUGGAUUCAGAAUGCUGAACCAAGUAGCUGCUGCUGGAGAACGUUGGUGAAAAUGCCACUUUGUUGUCCUAAUCCUUGCCUUGCUAUAUACAUCAUUUGUUGUGAUUGUGAUUGAUUUCAUUUGGUAAUUAUAGCGCAAAACAGUGAAGCAAAGCCAACAACAAAAAAGUCCUGUUGCUUAUAAAUGUCAUUAAUCAAAAACCAGGAAGAAACAAAAUUGUUAAUCUCACCUGUUUUGUGAGUUUCCAGCAACCUAAUCCUAGUGUAGGUCAUACAUGUGCUUUCAUUCUGAUGCCUUUUCUUUAACAGUUCACCUUAUGAGGGGAAAGUUGUAUAUAUCGGCAACCACCCUGCAGUAUCAAAUGUUUGCUCGAGUAUAUGUAAAAUUUACAAGGGAACUAUUUUCUUUUCCUAGCUCCUUGCAGGAUUGCGUACGACAACUUUUAACAUGACAUUAAUUUCUGCAGUUUGCCUCAGAUUAUUACCAGACGUUUGCAUGAAAACAGGUGCGGAGGAGUUCUGCUCCUGCUGCGCAGUCCCACAACCCAACAGUGCACAGUCUUUGACAGGGCAGAACUAUUGAUAUUAACGUUUUUGGUGUAUUUCUGAAGUUGCCCCAGUGAAAUCACAGUAGCGAUUCCUGUUUAAAUCAUGUAUACUGCAAGUGACAGUGAAAUAAAAAAUAGUGCUUUGAGUUGACUGCCAUGUGAAGAUCCAUGUACGAAGGGAGAAUAUAAUUUUGUAUUUUUUUUCUGUGGAUGUCCAGCCACGUGGGUGAAAAGAAAAAUACAAACAAAUCCUGACACUGGAUAAAGUCAUGAGCUCAUGAACGCUCUUGUUUUCAAUCUGUCAUGAAUUUUGCACAGCAAGAGGAAGGAAGUGCCAUUCCAAAUAGUCAGCCUAAACGCUGAUAAUCUGUGAAAAUUUCUAUUGAAGCUAAAUUUGAUAUUAUUUUCAACUUCUUUUUCAUUUAGAAUCUGGACUUUCAGGCAGUCUAGGCCAAUGCCUUUUUUUAGUGUGGAGAAGCGCCUACUUAUCUCGGUAUUUGUCUGCAGCAAUUUUUUUAGGGAGCAGAAGUGCUUAAUUAUGCCUCUUUAAAGAAAAUAGCCCUGCUUUCUGCUUAAUCAUUUCUGUUAAGGCUUCCUGCUGUAAUUUUGGCACUGCAUUUCUGACUCCUUAGUUAGGUAUGUGUUUGUUUGUGGCAUGAAAACAAGAAGCUUAUUUUUUGAUUUGACAAUUUUCAGUUUUUUUACUGAUUAUUUUGUAACGAGUGUGAUGUUACAGGUGUCCAGGGCUGGGCUGCAAAAGAUUCUGACUUAGGUCUAUUAGCACAAGUAUUUAUUCAGAAGCUUUAAAUCUGUUCCUAUUAGACAGGGAUUUCAGAAAACUGAAAUAGCUGUCAUUGAAAUUAAGGUUGAGAUAUGUAAAUAAUGAAUUUGCUGAAAAGUUACACCUGUUCUGACUCUCUGUUCAUAUGCCCAAAUGCAAUACAAAUAAAUUACAAAAAUGCUGUGUACUGACAUUUGCAAAAAGCAAUGAAUUUUUAAUGCUCAGCGUGAUGAUUUUAAUCCGCAUCGGCUAAUUGCUACGAGAAGAGCUGACCCACCUGCUGUACAUUCACUCAGCCCCUUGCACUGUCGUUAAGGGCAAGGAAAGAUGAAACGGGUUUUCUUCUCAAGCGGUGAAAGAAAUCGAAAUCGUGCUGUGAAACCAAAUCUGUGACUUUUCAGCCCGUAAAUGGUUGUUUUUGUCCGAUGACUUCGGGGUGGGCUUGGGGGAACCCUUCCAUGGUCCCAGGAGGGGCUUCUUCACCUGAGGCCACGAAAUACAUCCCUUUUAGCCCGUUUUUAUCUCUGUUCAUGUACAUAAUUCUGUUCGAUGUUUAUUGCCAAAUCGAUUGUUUUUCUAUUAAAAGUAUAU